UGGCUGAGACUUUUCCCGGCACCGCCGUCCUCGUAGGCUGGCCCGUGGAAGAAGGGAGGGGGGCGCUGCGCACUUCCUGUAGACGCCGGCAAGUAACCGCCUCGGCGCGUCUCCGCCUCACCAGGUACUAAUCUCCCGCGCAUAGAAGGAAACUACUAAAGUUCCUGUGGACGCAAAGUAGAAUUUCAUAAGAACAUAAUGGAUGGAGAAGAGAAAACCUAUGGUGGCUGUGAGGGCCCUGAUGCCAUGUAUGUCAAAUUGAUAUCUUCAGAUGGUCAUGAGUUUAUUGUAAAGAGAGAACAUGCGCUAACAUCAGGAACAAUAAAAGCCAUGUUGAGUGGCCCAGGUCAGUUUGCGGAGAAUGAAACUAACGAAGUCAAUUUUAGAGAGAUCCCUUCACACGUGCUAUCGAAAGUAUGCAUGUAUUUUACCUACAAGGUUCGCUACACUAACAGCUCCACGGAGAUUCCUGAAUUCCCAAUUGCACCUGAAAUUGCACUGGAACUGCUGAUGGCUGCGAACUUCCUAGAUUGUUAAAUAAAGUAAAUUAUAAUAAUAAACUGUUAACUCUUUUUCAGUAUUUAAUACCUGUAGUUCAGUUAGUAAUUUUUUCAUAUAUAGCAUGUUGCCUGUGUGCAGUUGAACUUUAAAGUUCAUUGCAAAGCAGAUUAUCUUCUGUUCUUUUGCAUAGCAAUCAGAGUUGAAGUUUGUUUGCUACAUCAACAAAUUAAGGACAUUUUCACAAAUUGAGAAAUAAACAAAUAUACCAAUUCGUA